AUACUUAAUAAUCAUAGUUUUCUAAUUUUAAUUGUUGACAUACUAUUGUUACGGAUUGCUGAAUGAACUUUAAUUUGACAGUAAUCGAUAGCAACCAAUUAACACUGAAGACUAAUCAAAGCGAAAAAUAAAAUAGAAAACAAGUGUUCUCUAAAAUCUACAGCUGUAUGAAUAAUUAGGUAUUGUAUUUACCGUAAUAAACAUGGAUGCCAGUUGCCAUGGAUUGAAUUGAAAGUGCACAGUAAGCAGUAGUUAUGUCCCUCAGACCGACGCAAGUUAAUUUCGAUGAGACGUGGGCCGGCCUCUCGAAGACAGUGCAGGCCGUGCUGACGCUCCGGCCCGUGGCCCGGGCAGAAUGGAAUGGCCGCUUCUCCGACGUGUACAGUCUGUGUGUUGCUCAGCCCGAACCACUCGCCGAUCGGCUCUAUAGGGAACUGAAGGAGCUGUUGCAGAAACACGUCUCUGCUCUGAGGCGUAAGUUGGCGAAACUUCCUGAUAGAGAGCUGUUGCAACAGUACCACCAGGCAUGGGAAUUUUACAAUACGGGCGUGAGUUACUUAAACCAGCUGUUUCGAUACCUGAACCAGCAACAUAUCCAGAAGAGGCGUGCAGUUGAGCCGGAUCUCAUGUAUUCCUCUGAUGCCGACCUCACACAGCUGGAGUGUCCGCUGGAGGUCGGCGAGUUGGCAAUGGAACUGUGGCGCCGAGAGAUGAUAAUAUCCACAGAGUCGCGCCUCAUCCCGCAGUUGCUGGCAGCAUACGCGGCCGACCGUGACGGUGACAGCCGCAAUUCCGAUGCACUGGCGGCAGCAGUGCGCUCUCUGGUCGCUGUAGAACAGUUUGCCCCGGCCUCGAAUCGCGAUUCACUGCACCUCUAUAGGACCAUCUUUGAGAAAAGGCUGUUGGAAGCAAGUGCCCAAGUUUACCGGCAGAGGGCCGCCAAGCUUCUGCAGCACGGGGACGCAGCACACUACGUGAAAGCAGUCUCCGCCUUUCUGAGGGAGGAGACGGAACGAGCGCGUCGCCUCCUGCACCAGACAUCCGUGUCGCGUUUCCGCCAGCGCUGUGAGCAGCACCUCGUUUCGGACCACCUGCAGUUUCUUCAGGAAGAAUGCCAAAGGGCGACACGAGCAGAAGACAGAGUUGCACUGGGAUCUGCGUACCCACUCCUGAGGGGUGUACCUGCCGGUGCUGUCGUCAUGAGGGAGGAGCUAGAGAAGCUCGUCAAGGAACGUGGGCUCAAUGAGGUGUGGCCCGCCUCAGGUCAAGCACCAGCGCCUGCAGACUUUGUGAGUAACGUGCUGAAUAUCUUGGAGCGGUACCACGACCUGGUGAUUGAUGCGUUCCUGGGUGACAGCUCGUUUACUGCUGCCCUGGAUCGAGCCGUGUCACGUGUCGUUAACCACCGUCUGCAGCCUAACACCCCCUGUCCCGCCCCAGAGAUUUUGGCACGACACUGCGAUACAUUACUCCGCCGGACGGGUAAUACGGUGGACACGGAGUUAGACGAACAGCUGGCGCGUGCGGUUGCCGUCUUUAAGUAUCUGGAUGACAAGGACGUCUUCCAGAAGUUCUAUGCGCGCAUGCUGGCAAAGAGGCUCAUCUUUCAGCACAGCUUGUCAAUGGAGGCAGAGGAGGCGAUGAUUGGCAGACUGAAGCAGUGCUGUGGGUGUGAAUUUACCAGCAAGUUUCACCGAAUGUUUUUGGACGUCUCCGUGUCGAGUGACCUGAAUCGGAAGUUCGAAGAUGCGAUACCGCCAGCACCAGGUUCUGCAUCCUUUUCUGUGCAGGUGUUGCAGGCAGGGGCCUGGCCGCUGAAUCCGGCUCCCAUCUCACCAUUUGCUCCACCGGAAGAUCUGCAGAAGCGACUGCAGUCCUUUGAGAGCUUCUACCGCCACUUGUUCAACGGAAGGAAGUUGACCUGGCUGUACCACCUGUGCCAGGGAGAAGUGCGCCUGGGCUACCUCAAAAAGCCAUAUGUUGUAACAAUGCAGGCAUUUCAGUUAGCUCUGCUGCUGAUGUUCGAACGAUCGGAUAGAAUUGUCUGUCGUGAAGCGUGUGACGCAUUGGAACUCAACGAAGAUCAGUUCCGUCGCCACUGUAUAAGCUUGUUAGAGUCCCGCAUAAUCUUGCUCGAAGGAGCGAAAGACGUCGACAGUGAGGGUGCCAUUUUCCGGCUGAACACCGACUUUUCUAACAAGCGCAUCAAGUUCCGUCUUGGUGCACCAACACAGAGAGAUCCCCCAGAGGAGACGAAGCAGACACUGUCGUCGGUAGACGAAGACCGUAAGAUGUACCUGCAGGCGGCAAUCGUGCGAGUGAUGAAGAGCCGCAAGGUGCUGCGCCACACCGCUCUGGUCCAGGAGGUGCUGUCGCAGUCGAGUGCGGCGGCGUUUGCGCCCUCCAUCAGCCUCAUCAAGACCUGCAUCGAGGCGCUCAUCGACAAACAGUACCUCGAACGCUCGCCUCGUGCUCCUGAUGAGUACAGCUACGUGGCCUAACUGCUACAGAUAUUUGUUACAGUAAUUUUAUUUUUAGAUUGCCAUUGUGGCAUCAGUUGUUAUUGGUAUCUGAACAUAGAAAAAUAUGUUUCUAAUGGCCCUGACGCACUGGUCACAGUUACUUAUUAUUAUUAUUAUUAAUAAUAUUAUUAUUAUUAUUGGGCCUGACCAAUGGUUCCGAAUAUAUUACAUUGAAUGGGAGAGUGAGUUAAUUGUUUCAAUUUUUAUGUUUGCUAGUCUGUAUAUUUUCAGGUCGCAGUUGUAUUUUUCCAUUACAGGUUGGUGCAAAAUACUGACUCGCUGUCCUGUUUUUAAACUCUUUAAGUGCCAGUGCAAUAAAAUUUUCUUGAGUUUCACGCCGUGACAGUCUGCCGCAUAUCUGUGACGUUUGGGGAAGCACAUUCCCUGCUUCCACCUUCCUGCGAAGUGCUGGAGUGUGUCGGUCACCUUACGUACUUGUCGGCUACAGUAGAUGUGUAAAUUCCUGUGACAGUUAUUCUUUAACUGUUUACGAGUGACUGCUGACCGAACCCACAUUUAUGUGCCCAGCUGUUGCCACAUGGCCUUCACCACGGACUUUCAGAAUACAGUGUCUCGUUGUUCCCGUGUCAGUGUUUCCGAUGUGGGUUGUUGAGCUGCAGUGAAGGCAAAACCCAUAUCAAGUUUACAGGGUUUGGUAACACUUGUGUUUCAACUGCACCUCAGAAACUACUUGCUGGACAAAUAAUUGACAUCGUCUUAGUAUCACGUGUUUGCUCCUCUGUAAAACAGUGCUCAUCGACUGCCAAUUUGUAUUUCUGGGUUAAUUUUACAUUGCAUACAUAUUCGGAGCAAUGUACGGAGACACACCACUGUCUGUCUGAUGUAAUACUUGCAUUUCAAGGAAUCAUUGAUACUGUCCAGAAUAUUUUUUUUAUUUUUGCUUGUGAUCAGAAGAAGAGCUCAGUUCUGUUCUCAUUCAGAGUGGAGACGAUUCUUGUGGAAGCUGUGUUUAGAAUACUGUGGGAAGGUGAUUUUCCAGCCGCCUCCUCCUCUGCUCCCAUCUGUACGUCGUAGCACACUCUUGUCGUUAACAUCUUCUGUCCUAUAGCCAUCAGAAACAUAUGUACACUCCAGUCAAUGUAGCUGCAUCGGUAGAUGUUCCAGUCACACGUAGUCUUUGUUCAGUGCAUCAGAGCCCUCGGGCAAUCACUGCCUCCAUAUGAUGAAAGUGUGUCGAUGGGAGGAAGUCAGUCUUCUCAACGUCUUUAGGGAAUCUGGUGUUAUAUGAAUGUUAUUUAGGUGAUCAAGUCCUUAUCACCUAGCAGCACCACAAAUAUAGUGCCUAUGUAUCUGUAGAUGUCCUCAUUGGACGUGACACUCUCUCUAUUGCAAUUUCUUCAGAUUCACCUGUGUAGAAGUUCGCUACGGUGUACUGUAACUGGAGCUUGUUGGACAUCCCCCACCCCACCAAAGGAGUGGCCAGUGGCGAAUAUAAAUGCCUGCCACUGCAUGUAGCAGAUUCAUAGUACUUUAGCACUUCAUUAGAAGGCAAAAUGUCAAUGAUAUGCAGAGAACUGAUGCAAUUAGAAACCCGAGAAAAUAAUUAGCACUGGUUUUCAUACUUUUAGUAAUCUUCAGUUUGUGAAGUCUGACAAACAACAAAACUUGUUAGUUGCAACAUCCGCUUUUCAACUCCCCUCAUUUGUUUUAGGAAUACUUCAUCACUAAUGGCAUUAGUGAUAAGCUUGAGUUAUCUGCUAAUUUGCUUCCUACUUUCCACAGUCCUUACACUGGGAUGCUUUGUUCUCUUAGAAUUAUGAAGUGCUUGAAAGCUCGCAUUGGAGGAGAUUAGGCUGGUGAGAGAUACAAACAAUCCUCUAAUGCAGUGUGACUUCUUGUUAUUGUUUUUAAUAUAUAAUUUAUCCCCUGUCGUAUUACAGCUCCCUCCCUUUUCACACUCCCUCUCUCCCUCUCCUGUUUUCUGACAAACAGUAGAUUGUAUAAAAAUAAAUUUGCUCGAGGAAACUGUUAAUUUACACAGUCAAUAAGUGCACCAGCAAUUAUAUCUAGGUUGCAAAAUUCCAGUAUUGUUUUAGACACAUUUAAAAGUGAAAACUCUAAUCCUAUCUUGAGUUUCAAGCUCUUUCCUCAGGGAAGAAAGCAAGAAAGAAAGAGGGGGGGGGGGGGGGGGUCAGGAAAGAGUGGUGGGUUACUCAGACUCCAGAAUGGAGGAGGACUCACAUCUAGUCAUGAUGAGGAGAGACGAAGAUGAAGGGGGGAGACAUAAUAAACAUUAGGGGGUUGGAGAUGGUACAUUUACCAGUUUUAGUACAGAGAUAAUAUAGGACACAGUGAGAAGUAAGAAAAAUGAGGAGCAGAAUCAAUAGUACAGCUAAAAACUAAAAAGGAGCUGUGAGAGGGAUACCAUAAAUAAAAGACAAAUAGAGGAAACAAUUGUUUAAAUAAACAAAUAUAAUAAUAACAAAAAAUGGGUGAGGGUAUUAUACAUCAGUGGAGGUUAAGUCAGGGUGGUGGGAUGUGAGGAGAUGUUGGAAAAAAGUUCCAUCUCUGGGGUUCAGAGAAGCUGGUCCUGCAUACCCAUAGCAGUGGAGAGGCUGGUGCAUGGGUAUAUGAGGCUGACAUACUGGUAUACAGUACCCUCACUUCCAUCACUGUUGCAUAUUUUAUUUAUUUAUUUGCUUCAUUUUGUUAUUUAUCCCUGUUCCUCCAAUCCCAAUCUCUCUCUCUCUCUCCUCCUCCCCCCCCCCCCCCCCCCUCCUCCUCCCUUCCCUCUCUCUCUCCCUCCCUCUCUCUCUCUCUCUCCCUCUCUCUCCCUCUCUCUCUCUCUCUCUCUCUCUCUCUAUCUCUCUAUCUCUGGCUUUUUCAUGUAUCCUUUUCAGUUUUAAUUGCACUUUCAUUUCACUCGUCAUUUCUUGUCUUCUGUUCAUGUUUAUGUCUCAUUGUGAGCUUAUAUUAUCUCUGGACUGAUGCUGGCACCAUGAUUAUCAGCAUGCUCUCUACUCUCUUUGAAGUCUCCCGUCAUCUACUUUUCUCCUUGUCCUCAAUACAGAUAUGUUCCUGUCAUCCUAGGGCCUGACUCAGCUGCCCCUGCUUUCCAAUCUAUCGCGCUUGCCACCCUGAGGAAGAAACCAUCAGUUCAGAAAAUUACAAUUAGUGUCACAAUAAUUAAAACUUACAUGUUAUUGAAAAUGAGUUUACAUUUUAACUGAUUUGCUGCUGUGGUGCAGGUAGUUAGAGGCAAGAAAAUGAUUGUGUGUUUCCAACUGCAUUCUGAAACACUCACAACAGUGCAUAGGCAUAAUAGUGGAUGUAGCAGGAAAGUUCAUUUGAUGGUACUUAACAACUGUUUAAAUGUGCAGAAAUGUACAGCUGAAUCUCAGUCUUUCAAAACAUUGAAUUUUCUCAUCUGUGACAGAUGAGCUGAUUAUAUGUAUGCUUCAGCAUGUAUUUGGAAGCUUCAUUCUUGUCUUUUGUUUUGUUUAUUAACUCCACAGUUGAAUCUCUCCUUUUUUUGGCCUUUAUUUAACAUCAUCUCUACUCCCAGAAUUAGUGCAUCAUUUUUACUGAUUCUGCUUUCAAAAAAUGGUUCCUACUUGAGUUUACUUGAGUUUAUCAUGUUAACAAUGUGUGUUCAUUUGUAUCAAUAUUCUGUAAUCUUCAUGUAUCCACAAAAUACGUUUCCCCUGUCAUCUAAUUAGAUGUCUACACAACUUCGAUGGAGACAAAUAUAGCUUUCUGUUAGUUGGGAUUUUCCUCUUAUUUUGACAACUCUUCCUCAACAGUGCAAAAAUUUCAUUUGUUUGUUCUGGAGGUUGUGCUUUCCAUCUUUACUCAAGGUCUUAAUAUUCUGAACCUUUAUUCUGGUCUCAUCAGAAACAAAAAAAGCUAAAGAAAUAUUUUUUCCCAUGAUCAACAUAAAUUAUUUCUGUCAUUAAGAUUCCCAUUUUCUCUCAAAUGCUAUUCUUAUUUUUUAUGCUUUCUAUUUGUGACUUAAGAGCCAAGAUAACUUUGCCCUCUUUGUUAUUUUUAUUCUCACAUCUGAUUUUUAAAUAUGAUUGAGGUUUUAAAUUAAUGAGCAUUAGCAGUGUUUUUAGAGUCUGCAUACUGUGCUUUAUAACUAACACCACUAACUUUAAUAUCUUUCACUGCAUUUUAUGUUAACUAAGUAGUUUUAUUGUGUGCUGACUAAUAGCUAAUGUGCCAUUGUUGAACAUUAACAUAGCACUAGAGUAUGGCCAUAAUUCCAGGAUAAAAGAUAUUUCAGUGAGCUUUCAUCAAAUAAAGAAAUGAGUGAAUUCUUGGUGCUUCAAAAUUCACAUCUUAAGAAAGAACAAAUAAAUUACUUUUCUUCGGGUCCACCUCUUCGAGUGCCUCGUACUUGUUAACUCUGCAACAGUAUGUUGUAUCUGUAUUUCUUCUAGAUCUUGUUUAACAUAUCUGUAUACCGUUGUUACUCGUUUCAAUUACAUGAGAGUCAGAUAGAAUGUUGCAAUAAAUUAUCAUGAAGCAGAGGCUUCAAUAUUUGUGCUCAGAUAUUUUUCUUUGUCUUGUCUCUCUUUUUUUUCUUGUUAGAAAAGUGUCAUGUUGAACAAAACUUAAUUUCUGCUUUGCAAGAGUUUCAUCUUGCAACUUAAUAUCCAGUGAAGAACAUGUUAUUUCAAACAGACAGUACUAUUGCUCCAAGUACUCUCUAUAGUGUACCUGAAUAUUUAUUACUUGGAAGUAAUUUUAGUAAUGCUGCCCAAGAGAAUUAUGUGAAUUCUCUGUGAUGGCUUGUGUUAGAGCAGACCCAAAUGUAAAAUAGUUGAAGAAAAAGAGAAUGCCAAAGGUUUGUAGUGAUUGUGCUACUGUACUGAUUCAUGGCCUUAAUAUAUUUGUACUUAUAUUUUGUAAUAAUUCAGUGUUAGAAGAAAACCUUAGUAACAGUUUAAAAAUGUGAUUCUAGCAGGUGGCACAUUUAUUGCCUUGUGUUAUGUCAUGGGAAUGUUUCAACUUGUGUGCUGCUGAGUGGAAAAGUUGUCGUGCAGUUUUAUUUGUUCGUUUCCCCACGAAUCGCGCAGAAUUUUAAAAGUAGUUACGUAAUAUUUUCAAAAGGUUUAGUCACUUUUGUUCUCGUUGGCUGUAACGUGAGCUUUCAGCAAUAUCUAGCACUUUUUUCCCAUUUCAGAUACACUGAUUUUCUCUGCUUGGACACGUAACAUCACAUUUUUAAGCUGAUAUAAUGUAUGUGUGAAAUGAGUGAGAGGUUGUCCAAAGAGAAAAUGUAUUUAUAGCUUUUGAAAUAAGUGAAUUAUAUCAAGCAUCACAGUUUUAUAGAUAUUCUUAUGUAAAGAGCUCAUAUUUUAAGCAAGGUGCGUAAACUGAUGAUAAAAAAAUUGAACAUUAUCUUUCUUCUUAUGUUGUAAGUUUGGUUGUGAAAAAUAAAAAUAUUUAUUGUAUAUAACAAA